AUGACAACAAUCCACGAAGACAUGGACGAAUUCGUCAAUUGGGAGGCUGCAGCGGCAGAGGUUGGCAGCAUCUUCAACAUGCCAUCCCACGACGUCCCACCUCCUGAUCCCAACCUGGAUCUCGUACUGGAAAAUGUUGACGACGAUGACUUUGGCUUCUUCGCUCUUCAGCACUUCUCCGGGGACGCUGCUCCUGGCGCUGCAGUCCCUGGCAGCACCCUUGGCACUUUAGACACACAAGUCAACACCGUCCCGGGCGAUUCUUGCAACGCCAACUGCACUUUUGAUAAGCACCAGUGCAACAAGCUGCAAGACUGGUGGGUCGCUCCUGAGUUUCCUUGCGACAAUUGCACCCUCGGAGGCUAUCAGUGCAAAAAGAUUCGAGAGGGUCGCUACAAAGACUACUGUACUUCCUGCGUCGCUUUGCGCAGCGGAUGCAGUUUCGCUACCCAACCAGUCGACUCUACCGAUCUGUUUCUAUCAGACGCUCUUCCUCAGAACCCUUGGCCAACCAUGGGAGACCACCCAAGCACCAUCCCUCAAGAGAACGGUGCCAUUCCUGUCAGCUUGCCUGGGACGUCGACGCCGGAUCUACUGACCAGCCUGGCCGGCUCCUCAGACGAACAUGCUAUGGCACUGCUUAACAAGGCAGCACCCCCGGCUAAGAUUGGGGCGCGCUUCUCCAGAGAGUCGGUUCGCAUCCUCAAGAACUGGCUUUCCACGCACACUCGUCAUCCUUACCCUAGUGACGAAGAGAAGGAGAUGCUUCAGCGCCAGACGGGCCUCAACAAAACCCAGAUCACCAACUGGCUUGCCAACGCGCGGCGUCGGGGCAAGACCCAGGCUCCUCGCUCCACCUCACCACAUGUUCGUAGCAGCUGGAGCGGCCCUAUUGAUAUCCCUCAACGACGAGGAACUCCUGCUCCGGAUGGCAGAACGAGGAGCAUGAACCCUCUCGAGCGUUGGGUGGACUCUCCGCCCGAAAACGAACCCGCCACUGUGACGGCUAUUGCUCGCGCCGUUGCCUCUAGCUCCGGAGCCUCAUCUGGUCUCAACAGCCCUUACAGCUUCAACUUCACCGACGACGGAUCAGGCCGCUCUCUCUGCAACGCCUCUUCGGCAAGCAGUGUCGGCACUUCCCACUCCAGCGGUGGCUCUUUUGCAUCCGCCUACUCUCAUGCAUCCCGCGGAUCGUUUGGCUCGUUUGGAUCCUUCAACCGCGGCCGUAGGCGUCGUAGGAGGCGUGCCGGUGGAAACCCCAGUGAUGAAAAGACGUCUCUGGCCACGCCUCUCAAGACCUUCCAGUGUACAUUCUGUACCGAAACUUUCAGGACCAAGCACGACUGGCAGCGGCACGAAAAGUCUCUCCAUCUGUCUUUGGAGAGGUGGGUUUGUGCUCCAGAUGGCCCCGUGGCUCUCAACCCGCAGACAAAUCAGCUUUGCUGCGUCUUCUGCGGCGAAGCCAACCCCGAUAGUGCUCAUGUCGAGUCCCACAAUCACACAGCUUGCCAGGAGAGGACUCUCGAGGAGCGCACAUUCUAUCGGAAGGAUCACCUUAACCAGCAUCUGCGUCUGGUUCACAACGUCAAGUUCGUGGAUUGGUCCAUGAAGGCAUGGAAGGUCGCUACACCAGAGAUUCGGUCACGUUGCGGUUUCUGCGGAGUGGUACUUCCCAAUUGGACUUCUCGUGUUGAGCAUCUGGCAGAGCAUUUCAAGACGGGUAAUACCAUGGCGGACUGGAAGGGUGACUGGGGUUUUGAAGCACCGGUACUCUCUAUGGUCGAGAACUCUAUCCCACCUUAUCUCAUUGAUAAUGAGCGAAACACUCCCUACCCGUACAAGGCCAGUGGUGUCCCGGCAGAGACUCCCAGGAGCGCUUACGAACUUCUCAAGAUGGAGUUGGCACACUUCAUGCAGAACCAUCACGAUAAAACCGGCCGAAUGCCCGGAGAAGAAGAGAUGCAACUCGAAGCUUGUCGUAUCAUUUUCGCCUCUGAAGUUUUGUCUAUCAGGGAGAUCUCAUACCCUUUCUCAUGGCUGCGUGAUUUGAUCAUGGCGGCCGAAGAUAUUAUGAGACAAGCCAAGUUUGGUCCCAUGCGUUCGCAGAUUGAAAACAGACUGUCAACCCUGAAAAUUAAUGGCAAGGACAACUUGUUCGAGGCCUGCCCGCUUGAAAACCAGCUCCACGAAUUCGUGAGAGCCAAGCGCCUAUUGGGCCUAACAGCCAUGGACGAGGAGCUACAGGAGGAAGCUUGUAAGAUUGUCGGUCGCAUUGAAGAAGUAUCGACCACGCCGUCCGACUUCAUCGCCAACUGGCUUGUUAAGCUCAUCUAUAACUCGACCGACUGGCUAGCCAAUUUCCGGCAGCGUGCGCACCUCCCCCGGACCGAAGACAUUGUAAACGCGUACGAACGCUCUACCGACCUGACUAAAGUUGACUCAACUAUCCACAACUACACUAGACUGGAACGGUCGCUAGCGGACUACAUGACUUCUCAGAGGGCACUGGGUAUUGAGCCUGACGACGCUGACCUCCAACGACAAGCCCGUAUCAUCAUCUACGAGUUCGACGAUGGGUGGAACCAAACCGCCGCCGACAACCUGGAGUGGCUGUCUGCUUUCAAGCAGCGCCAUCAGUUCAGCCCAUCUGCUUCGGGGUCCAGCCUGACCACUUCGCCUGCAUCGCAGGGCCAGUUGGUAACAGAGGGAGCCCAGCUGUCAAUGUCAGGAUCUUCCUCGAAUGUCUCUUCGGCUAAUGUCUCCAGUGGCAUAAAGUGCCCGCUCAUGACAGAUGAAGCGGCUGGAAGCUACGUGGGAUCGAGCCCCUCUACAUUCGUCAAGACGGGCCCUUUCUUCUUGAAUGACGCUAACUGCUACCGACGUCUGGCUCGAGAGCUUGGUCGUUGGGCUGCUGCAACCAUGUCGCCCAACAACCCUAACUUCCACGUCCCAACCGAUGCUGAAAUCCAGCACCAAGCUCGUUGGAUUCUGUACGACGAUGACGACCCAUGGAACCAGACAGCAGCCGACAACGCCGAGUGGCUGCAACGCUUCAAGCGUGACGUUGGCAUCACCAAGGACGCGGGUCCGGGUCUUCCACCGGGCGAUUCAUGGUCCAUUUCGCAGGGCGGUACGGGCUUCGCGCCUCCGUAUGCCUUCCCUAACGGGAACAUGGCACCCUUCAGUGACAAGUCGACGGGCGUACCGAUGCGGGACCUCAAGACGUUCGACACAGAUUCGGCAAUCCUCAACAAGUACCUUGAGACCUUCAAAACGCGCUACGCGAAGCCGGCAACCAUCUUCUGCGCACGCGAACUUGAGGACGGGCUUAUCCGCUUCGUCGAGACGGAGUUCGCCAUCUCUGGACGCUUCCCCGAUGAUGACGCCCUCCGCACGCAGGCCAGGCUCAUUUUGAACCAGCCCAACACCGCCGCAGACGACCAGACGCUUCUGGAUAAAUUUAAGAAUUGGAUGGCUACGAGGCAGUCGCAGGCACAGUCACAGCCGCAGCAGCAAGCGGCUUCGUCGUCGUCGUCGGCGGCUUUGCCUACCGGCAUGGACUUGACGCUUUCAGACGCUGAGAUGAACAAUAUCUUGCAGAAUAUGAAUAUUGAAUUCAGUGCGGCGGAUCUUGAGGGUCUAGAAAUGACCAUGGGUAUGGAUCUGGGCGGCGGCGCUCCACUUGGCGGCGGCCCUGCCAACUAG